AUGGAGAGGAGCGUAGAGGAAGAGGAAAAGCGCCAGGCUGACUUCCAAUACCCUCCUCGCUCCCCACCGCCGCGCGGGCAGGGGGCAGGAGAGCCCGACGCCCGCACGGCCCGUCCUGCCCCCUCCCCGGCGCCCCCUACCCCGCACCGCCGCCGCCGGGUGCCCGACGCGCGGGGCCAGGCCGGGGCGGGGGUCUCGAGGGGCGGGGUGAGGGACGAUUGGGCAUCCAGCGAGCGGAACGGCGGCGAGGGGAGUAGCGAAGUGACUCACUGGCUCUGCAACAAUAGAACUGACAAGUUGCAGGGAACGCGCCGCUCGCAGGCCCGCGUCUGUUGCCGCCGCCGCCCGGACGUCCCCCGCGGGCCCCGGGGGUCGGAACGCAUCCCCCGGGUGCGGAGUUGGGGCGAGGGCCGGGGGCGCCUCUGCUCCGGCCGGGACACGGCGUCGCCCCGCAGCCCCCAGCCCCGCCACAGCGUCCCCCUCCCGCUCGCCGGCCCGCAAUUACCUGCCGCCCCGUCUCCGCAUCCAACCACCUCGAUUAAAGUUCACUUUGGCCGGGAGAGCGGGCUCGGGCUUCCCCUUGCACCUCCCGGCGGUUCGGCUCACUUUGCCCAGCGCGAGCUCUCGGAUCCGGGCCGGGGAGGCGGCUUUCGGGCCUGGCCGCCCCUUCCUCCCGGGGCGGGCUGGCGGUCCCCCCGAAUAGAACUUGUGGGUCUCCUCAGGCGGACAUUUUUUUCGCUGAGGCAGCCUCAGCACCGCGCUCGGCUCGGCUCCGGAUCCCUCCGCGCCGGGAAGAGCCCCGGGUUAACCCCUUCGUCCCCGUCCCGCUCCCGCCGCCUGCGCCGAGGAAGUGGGGCCAGCGGAGGGGGCGGGGAGGAGCCGACGGGAACGGGGAGGGGCCGCCGCGCGGCUGGCGGACAAAGCCGGCGGUGGGGUGAGGCGGACCGGAGCGGGUGGGGAGGGGCGGGAGGCACGCGCAGGCACCCCGUGAGGCAGGGCCGGGCCGCCUGCGCGGAAGCCUGGUCGGGCCCUCGGGAGAUGGGCGGCAGCCGCCGUGGCGCCUCCCCCAGCCCGUUCUGCUCUGGCCUCUCUUCCCGAAGCGGAGCGGCGGACACGCAACAGCGGGCGCAUCUGGAUCCGCUGCCGAGGCCACCUAGCCCGAGGCCGCAAGAAUCCUGAAAGGCUUUCCGGAGCAAGCCGCGCUGGACGCCGGACGCCAGACUUGGCUUGGCCCGGAGGCUCCGGCCCCAGAAGGCUGCGCAGAGCUCGCCGCGGAAGAUGAGUGCUUGGGGAAGAGAGACCGGCCACCUUGGCGGGCUCUUGGAGUAGUCCUCUCUUCUUACUGAUUUCCAAUCAAGACUACCGGGUCGCACCGCGAGAAGAGUUUUUGUAAUGGAUCAAGCCAGUCCCUUCGUUUUAGAGACGGCCCAGGUAGGUUCUGUCGCACAGCCGCAGUCUUGGCGCAAGUACUGAACUUGGCCUGAAGAACCCCAAACGGAGUAGAAAGACUACAAAAUAAUUAAACCUCAGUUUCUUUCCGGAAAUCUAAGUAAGGUUUUCUCCAGUAUCAGCCAAGGUUUGACUCUUUGGGGUCAGUGAAUGCAGGGUAAAGACCAGUAAGGACCGGGCAGAAGAAACUUGAGGAAAGAAGACAUAGGCAGAGUAACACUGAAAAAUGCAGCCUACACCAGGAAGGCAAGAAGGAGCCUUUGGAGGCCAGAUUUGCAUGGAAACAAGAAGAUGGACUCAGUUGCAGAUAUGCGACUACUAUACAUUAUUACAAAUAGAGCUGUCCAGCGGAAGAAGGCAGUUGUAGCUUGAGGGUAAGGGUUUCCAUGACUUUGUCAUCUGCCACACUCUGUAUUUGUGCCAGAUUCUGUAGCCUCCCCUGUAUCUACUCCCCCUUAUCUGGGUAAACAACCACCCUGCUGCUUAACGUCACAUCCCUGGCCUAGCUAUCUACUAUAGAAUGUGGUUCCAGUGUAAGCAAAUUAGCCAAAUUCCAACCUAAAUAACCUAGCAUAGUUCCAUUCCCUGCUGCAGUUACUGGUUGGCAAUGUGCAUGACACAAUUUGGGCCAACGUUGGGGUCUUCGGGGAGAGUUUUUGUUUGUUUCAUAUUCCAAGAGAGCUUCAAAGGCAACCUCCUGUUUCUGCGAGUGCUCAAGAAAUCCAGAAGCAUUUAAAAGCAACCCAAAAAUGUGAAGGAAUAUCACCAGCGUAUUUUAUGGGGAAAAAAAAAAAAGAACAAGGAACUCCUGGACUUUGGACCGCCAUCUUCCAACCAGCAGGUCCUGCCAGGUGGAAAUAAAGUAGACGGUGAUGUUUUCAAGUCUCUGAUCACAGCUUAUGAACCCAGGUCUGCCGUCAUUGACAGAACCGACAGGGUUAAAGUACUCUGCUUUUUGUAAUCUAAUGUGUUCUAAGCGAUAUAAGGCCCAGUGGCCAUUUUUUGUAGCAAAGGCCCAAACAUCAAGAAGAGAAGUCUAAUUAGAACUGUUAGGCCUCAUUCCAUCAGAAAUAGUCUCAGUGGUAAAACUGAGAUGCAAUCUUCACGAGAGGAGAAAGUAUGUAAUCCCAUUCAAGGAUUUAUGCUAUUUUCAAGAGAAAAGAAGAGCCAGUUUCUUCUCAUCCUUCUCUUACAACUAAUUUAGAAGAAGAAAUCACUGCUCAAACCCUCAGUCAUGGAGGCUCCCUCACUCCUUUGAGGGACUGACUGGUAAAGUUUCAUAUCUGUUAUGACCCAUAUUGUUAUAUAGUUUAUUUUCCUCAGUAGAUUAAACACUCCUUAAAGGAUGGGGCUGCCACAUGUCUGUCUGUAGUGUGCACUUAACAUAGUGCCAGGUGUAUAGUACACACUCAAAAAAGGGAGGCUGGAAUUAAAUCUGUCAAGUAUUUGACAUUAAACAUGAAUUUAUUCUUCA